CAGAGGGAGAUGGGGGUCAAAGUGCCUCUAGGAGCGUACUUUGGAAAUCGCGAGAUUUGGCCGCGGCGCGAUCUCGCGACCAGAAUUCGCUUCGCCAAAGCGAACGUGGGAGGAGGACCUCGAGAUUCGCGGGCGGAUGACCUCCGCCGUUUCCUGAAGUCGGGGCUCUCUCGCUCCUGCGGUCGGGCAAGGAAGAGAGAAUGGGCACCCGGACCGACCGCGAUGUCCCCUGACCACCACCCCCGCAUCGCCGACGAGUCCAAUCUCGAGCUGCGAGUCGACAACCGGCGAACAAAGGGAAGAGGCGGCGCCAAUAGCCCCAUCCGCGAUGGUUCGGCUGCGGCGCGUCGCCGUCGUCGCGCUAUCGUCCGCCGAGCGGUGAUACGCGCGGACCAGACGCCCCGAGGAGAGCCUUAAGGACGGGUCAGCGCCGGCGAUAGGCGGCCUCCUUCGGGAAAGACGCGCCGAAGCGGUCGCACCAGCCAGUGACGGCGUGACCGUCGGCGAGGACCGCAGUCGGCCGCGAUGGUCUCGUGACGGAAACCCCGGGCGACCGGCUUCGGUUCGGUCGAUUCGAUUCGAUUGCCAAGCCCGACCCCUGACCAGGUCGACCUCGCCGGGAGACAUGUCGAAGAGGCAAUGGAUGGUCCUGCUGAUGCUGUUCCUUACCUAUCUCCUCUUGGGAGCCUCCAUCUUCUACCAUAUCGAGAGUCGCCUCGAGGUCGAGAAGGUUCGGAAGGCCAGAAUGGAGCGCAUGGAGAUCAAUGCUCUCCUUCACCAGCACUACGUCCCGGAUGGUUGGCACGACCAGCACGAGAUUUUGGAAAAGCUUACCAGUUACUGCGGGAAAUCGGUAUACAAUUACACCGAGGGCGAGACAGACCCUCUGAAAUGGGACUUCUACAACAGCUUCUACUUUGCGUACACCGUGGUCAGUACCAUCGGGUACGGGAAUUUGGCUCCGACGAACAUGCUGGGACGCAUCCUGAUGAUUUUUUACGGCCUCGUUGGGAUACCCAUGAACGGGAUCUUGCUUACGCAACUGGGUGAAUUCUUCGGGAAUGUGUUCGUGCGAGCUCAUCAGAAGUACAAGUCGUACAAUCACGGCCAAAGCGACUCGCUCAAGAAGUCCCCCUUGGAAACGAGGAAGGCCAGCCUUGCCGUCCGUAUUUUCAUGUACCUGAUACCAGGUUUCGUCAUGUUCAUCUUCUUCCCUGCCUUCCUCUUCUCCCACUUCGAGGGAUGGGGCUACGACGAGGCGGUGUACUAUGCAUUCGUUACCCUGACCACCAUCGGUUUUGGGGAUUACGUGGCAGGCCAAGACAACACCAAAGGAAGUGGAAUAUUUUUUAUCCUGUACAAGACGUUCCUGAUCUGUUGGAUCUCUUUCGGACUGGGUUACAUAGUCAUGAUAAUGACGUUUAUUGCUCGAGGAAUGCGCAGCAAGAAGAUCACCAGGUUGGAGCGAAAGUUAGCGAUGAAUCUUAAGCACACGCAGAGCAGGAUCUGGCACGAAUUUAACAAAGAAGUCAACUAUCUCAGGAGGGUGUUCAACGAGUUGCAGCUCUCGAAAGUCAAGCGGGUCUACGUCGACGAGGUACAAUAUCAAACACCACCCAGUAAGUUUACUCGCAGCAACAGUUUUCCCGAUCUCAGAGACUUGGUCUAUGGUGGUUUGGCGAAUCCUAUUCCUCCGCAUCCUAGACGUCGGGCCAACAGCGAAGUCGUUCCUAUGGAAACCCAGGUGACGCGCGUGGUGUCGGAGACGGACCUGCAAAGGAUCGACAAAACGGCAACCUUCGCUUCCCAUGCAAUGGUCCAACCUGCGGAAUUACUGGCGCGGCUGGUAAACGUGCUAGGAUAUAUUCCACCACCGCCGGGCGACUUGAACGAAACCGCAGACCAGGACCACGAACAAGCGGCAGAAUCGCGAGGCGUUCAAGGCUUCUCCGAGAAAGACAUUUUAGCCAGCGAGAGAUCCUGGAACGAGUCGAGCUGGAAAAUCGGGGGAGAGAAGAUUACGGUUCCGAGGCCCAGAUCAAGGGCGUCCAGCGAAGUCCGCCUGAAUCCGAAAAUGGACGGCAAUAUCGGGCAAAACCGCGAGUGGACCUGGUCAGGCCCUGCGGCCUCCAGGAAGAUUCAGGAGAUCAUGAAGGCUCGCGGAAGCGGACCUUCCGGCGCGAAGGAAUCGAGAACCAAGUUCCCUUCGUUGGCUGUACCGAAAUCCGUACAAAAGGCCCUGCUGCCGCGUUGGAUGAGACAGUUGUCCAAUAAAAAGACCUCGGCAGACCAGUCGGCAGGAAAUUCCGCCGACGAUUUGGAAGCGCCCAAGGACAUCGGUCACUACUCCUCCAUCGGAGCAGGUCAGAUACCGUCUUCGAUAUUCGCCGAGACGAGGAACUCGAUGACCAGGCAUUACUUCACCCAUACGGGAGCGGCGAAUCUGUCGGAUGCUCUGGAGAGCGGGAAUCUCCUCGAGGAAACUUCGCUGGCCGACUUCCUCAGGGCCUUGACCGCUCUUCACACCAGGGUAGGAGCCGUCCCCGAUGAAUAUGUUCGCAAACCCCAAAGGAAGAUGGGGACCGCUUCUUUGACUCCGCCGAAACUCCCGAGCCUGUUGACCCUGUUUUCCCCACCUUCCGGUGCCGCUUCGGCUACGCAGAGCCAACAGAACACCGUGACCGCCGCUCAGAACUCUGCAAGGAGGUUCUCUCUGAGGACUGUGGACAAUUCCGGGACUGCAACGCCGAGCUAUAGCAGGAAGAUGAGCUUCGCGGGGCCCGCAGCGAAGCCAAGGAGACGAUUCUCGCUCAGGCCCGUCAACACGCCGGCGAGCACGCCGCCGCAACACGCGUCUCCAUAUUUAUCCGCUCAUCGUCAAUUUGCGGAGCCGAGCAACCCGCCACCGUACUCGGCGGACCCCUUCGUCUUCGUGAGUUCAAAGGAACCUCUGGUUUCCAUGGAAGGAGCUCCAGGAAUUUCUCACCCCAUGACAACGUCCACCUCCAAUUUGCGAAGAUUCUCUUUGCGACCCGCGCAAAUCAGCGUUCCGUCGACUCAAGCGACUUCCAACGUCGAUGCCAGACCCGGUGGGCUAGGUGGGUUCUUCAACUCGAAAAUUGGGGCCGUCAAUCCCACCAAACCGAUUCCGCGGUGGAAAGCUGGGAUGCUCCAGCGGCAAAUUAGUCAGAUGAAUCUUCAGCGGCGGGUCCGAGCUUUUAGUCUCAGCGACGUGAAUUCUGAUGGAUCCAAUUUAAUUUCUUCGACGAUGGGCGGCCCGGAAGACUCGUCCCGGUUUUCUGGCGCAGGAUGGCAGAGGGACUUUUUGAAGAAGCCGCUGAAGCCAGGGUCUGCAACGACAGGGAAGUCGGUCACGAUAGCAUCACCGGAAGCUUCCAUGUCCGACGACGUGAUGGCAAAUAGAAGACAAGCGUUAACCGUACAGCCCGAUAAAACGAAUCAGGCUGAAGAUUCCGGGAGGUCGAUGGAUCCUAAGAAGGGUUUCGCGACUUCGGGAAUUUUUAACGAUCGUGACGCUAAAACGGUAGGCGUCGACCUUUCUAUCGUCGCCGAUCGUACAUACAGAACUGAUGCGGAUGUAGAUUCUAGGUCGACUUCGGUAACCUCGUCGGAAACGUCUAGCAGCGAAUUGAAAAGUUCUUCGGAUUCCACUUCGGUGAUCAGAUCACCGGAAGACAAAAAACUGCUCAGGUCUCAUUCGCUCGAACGGUCUUCUGGGGUACAAGAGAGGGACGUUCAAGGGUUCUUGGAGGAUUUUACGGCCAUUUCUUGCACAUCGACUAGUUUGGAGGAUGUCAGAAUUGAGCCUACUUUAUCCCUCGACUCGGGAUGGAGCGAAUUGUCCGAUUUAAAUCUAAAAGAGAAAUUUAAGGGGGGCCAAGAAUUACCCAUGACCGACUUGGAGAAACGCGCGAACGACGGAAAGUCUGUAGACCAUUCCGAGGACAGAAAAGAGUCCGGGUCUUCUCUUUUAAGUCUGGCUUCUCUGGAGAAAUUAUUAAUUCAAUAUCAAGGAGGUAAAUCAAUUUUGGGGGAAUCCUCGUCUAGUAGCGAAAAAAGCGGGACGGAAGGUAAUGAUGGGACAUUUUACCCAGACGCAUCAAAAUCUGUAGAAACUCGCACAAAAGAUUUGGAUGGUCCUCGAUACAGACCUCCUUUAUUGGAAACAUCAAAUGUAGAUACCGGACCCUCGAAUUCGUGCGAUAAAACGUUAAUGGCUACUUCUCGGGCCAAAGAAGAGAGUAGAAAAGCCGGGGAAACGUCUUCGCGAGAGUUAGAUAAAGUAGAAAGAAAAACAUCCGUAUCGGUUGAGCCUUGGUCCGAGAGUCAAAGAUCCUCGGCUAGGAAAACGUCGAUGGGCUCCCAGCUAAGUAGUUCAGCGGGAUCAGCUGCCAGCAGCAGGAAAAGUUCGACGAUUAGGACACCCAACGACAAGCCUAGGGUGUCCAUUGACUGUUACAAGCCUCUAGUGGAAGUGAAAAUCGAGAAACCUGCUGUAAACCCUUUCGAACAGUACAGAGCUUCCAUGGCAGUCGGUCUUGAAAACAGAGGACUCUUAGCGGAAGUCAAGGUAGAGUCGCCCAACGAAAGAGCCUCGACUUCCGUAUCCGAGCCAAAAAGGAAGGAACCGUAAUUGCAAAACCGAUGAAAACGUAAAAGACACCAUAUUGGACCUACGCGAAAAAUCCGUAGUUGCUUUAAAACAACGUGUAGACAAGGCGAACUUUGAAGGACAGCCGAGGCAUAAUUAAGGGAUUAAACUAACCCGGAAUGAAGUUCUUCGUGCUCCGUAUCACAGUUGGAACGGUGCGAUGGAAAGUCGGCACGCUUUGUUCGUACGGAUGAUAGAAAUGCCGAGGCAUUUUGCCUUAGACGUAAGACACGAUUACUCGGACAACGCGCGGACGAGGGAUCGGAAACCCGAAGGAUGCGGUCCUUCGAGAUUCUUGACUCGCGUUCACGGGGAAGCGUAACUUGUAAGCGAAUACGGGAAUACUGUGAUAGACUGACAAGAUUAAUCGCGAUGAUAUUCAAUCGAUUCGGCUGGUUCGAAUCGACACCUAUAUAUGAUAGUAUCGAGAUACCAUGUAUUCGUUACCUUGUAAUUUGUAAAUACUUUGUUUUUUUCCUAGUAGAGAUAAGCCAUAUGACAAGAAAGUGAUUGAAUAUAUCGACCGCGAUAUCCUCGUGGAUAUUGAAACGUAUAGGCUUGAGUCUUAGCAGGGGAACCAAAGCCGAUCUCGGUUUAAUCUUAUCAAAUCCUUGUCCAUUUUCCUGCGAUUUUAUGCAGAGACCGUUUUAAUCUCUCCGUGUCCCUGAAUGUCGGCAAAGGCGACGUCUUCUAGGUGGUGCUAGGUAGAUAACGGCAAGGCGUUUAAUGCAACGUUUUAUUUGAUAACAUGGUGCAAUAAAUUAAGAGUACUUGGCUUUCUCUAGCUACUAA